AUGACAGGUAAUUUGCCAAAGUUUAAUAAGAGUAGUCCUCUCAGAGUACUGGAUAUCUCUUCCACAACUUUCUCAAGAAAAUUACCUGACACAUUUGGCAAUCUUAGGUACUUAAAUUAUCUAUCUUUUCAUGAUUGCUAUUUCCAUGGGUCACUUCCACCAUCACUUGGAAACCUUACAGAAAUCACCCAUAUGGAUUUGUCAGACAACGGUUUUACUCGUCAAGUCCCAACUUCAUUAUCUAAACUUGUCCAACUCACUUGGCUAUACCUUGCAUUUAAUUAUUUUUCUGGAAAUUUUCUAGAUGUUUUACGUAAUCUUAGUAAAUUAGAGACUAUAUCUCUCUUCGAUAAUAUUUUCACCGGUCAGUUGCCAACAUCAAUAUUCACACUGAAUGGACUUCUUUCUUUGGACUUUUCUCUUAAUCAAUAUCAAGGUCAGUUUCCAAGUCAGAUAAAUGGUCUUUCAUAUCUCCAUGGCAUCUACCUAAGCGAUAAUCUUCUAAGGGGCAGAGUACCGGCAUGGUUGUUUACUCUGCCGUCUCUGGAGAAUUUAGAUCUUUCCCAGAAUAAACUCACAAGCCCGAUUGAGCAGUUCCAACAGCCUGGUCCAUUACGUGAAGUUGAUUUGGGUGAUAACGAGUUUCAUGGUCCAAUUCCAGAUUCAAUUUUUCAACUUUUGGAUCUCACAUAUCUAGCACUUGCGAAAAAUAACUUCAGUGGAAAGGUCAUCUUGCCCCAGCUUGUACGAGUUAUUUUAUCUUCUUCUAGCAUAACUGAAGUCCCGUUUUUAACAAGUAAUUCAAGUUUGCAAGUACUAGACCUUUCAUCCAACUUACUCCGAGGACAACUUAUGGAUCUACCAACUCAGGUUUAUUUCUUCUCUGUCUCAAACAAUGAUCUGACAGGAGAGAUCCCUCCAUCGUAUUGUAAUUUGAGCGCACUUCAAUCUCUUGACUUGUCCCAUAAUGAAUUUUGUGGAAACAUUCCACAAUGUCUUGUGAACAGCAGUAUAACGCUCGACUUUUUGAAUUUGACAAUGAACAACUUCCAUGGCAGCAUAGGAUCUCUGACGUUUCCCAAUCAAUGUCAUGUGACAGCUCUUAUGCUUAAUGACAAUCAGUUAGAGGGACCAUUACGAUCAUCUUUGGUUAAUUGUCAAGAUCUGAGUAUCCUUGAUGUCGGGAAUAACAGGAUUAAUGAUAGCUUUCCGAAUUGUAGUUUCCUGCAUGGAAACAAAAAGAGCAAUGUGAAACCAAGUCUUUCUUCUAAAUGUAAGAAAUCUAAAAGGCAAUUUCUGGACAAUGUCCGAAAGAAUCCACAGUGUGAAAGCCACAGAUUUCCAACUGACAUGGAGCCUUUUAAGCCAGGGACACAACUAAUACAUCUCUCAAGCCAUAACUCAAUAGGUGCAACACUUGGUGGAAAAACAGCCUUACUGUAUGAAGAUUCUGAUAGGAACCUGGAGAUUACGCAGUCGGCCUAG